AUGAGCCAGCCAGACUUGGGCUCCUCCGGGGGCGGGCCGACGGCGACACAUCCUGACACACAGCCUCGGCCUCCGGUAUUGAUGCCGUCUGAGGUCCCUGAAAGCCGGCAUACGUCACAAGAGGAGCAGCAUCAGGAGCAGCAGCAGCAACAGCCGAAUCACCCUCCCGAGGCAGCAGAGGCAUACGAGGACACACACGUGCACAGCGUGUACGAGGCCAUCGCGCCGCACUUCUCGGCCACGCGCCACAAGCCCUGGCCCCUCGUCGAGCGCUUCCUCCUCUCCCAGCCGCCCGGCAGCGUCGGCCUCGACGUCGGCUGCGGCAACGGCAAGUACCUGCCCGUCAACCCCUCAGUCUUCAUCCUGGGCUCCGACCGCAGCGCCUCCCUCGUGCGCCUGGCCGCCACCCAGCGCUCCGGCGAGGUGGCCGUCGCCGACGGCCUCGCCCUGCCCUACCGCCCCGCCGCCGUGGACUUCGUCAUCAGCAUCGCUGUCGUGCACCACCUGUCCACGCGACGCCGCCGCCAGGAGGCCAUCGCCGCGCUGCUCGCCUGCCUCCGCCCCGGGCCCGGCGCCCGCGCGCUCGUCUACGCCUGGGCCCUGGAGCAGAGCAGCAGCCGCCGCGGCUGGGACGAGUCAUCACAGCAGGACACCUUGGUGCCUUGGGUCAUGCGCAGGAAGGGCGAGCCCGACGCCACCUUCCAGCGCUACUAUCACCUAUACCGCGAAGGCGAGCUGGAUGAGGACGUGCGCGCCGCCGGCGGGACGUGCUGCGAGAGCGGCUACGAAAAGGACAACUGGUGGGUGAUUUGUAGUAGAUAG